GCAUUCAGUCUGUGCAUGUAAGACUACUACUAUACCCAGAAGAAAAUUUUGUGAAGGAGAUUUAACAGCUCCCAUUAAUAAUAAAAAUGUGCCGAGGACUAUCAUCACUACCAAGCUGCUGCUUAGAAAGGGCGAAGGGGAUUAAGUCCCGGUUGGGAGUUUUUCUGCAGAUGUCAGAGAAAUCGUAUAGUUCUGUUCAAGCAAACAAGAUAGAGAAAGUAAAGUCCAGGCCCUCCUCAGAGGAAGCGAAGAAAUGGAGACAAUCCCUGGACAAGAUGCUUGCUCAUAAAUAUGGUCUGGCAGCCUUCAGAGCAUUCCUCCGUUCAGAGUACAGCGAGGAGAACAUCGAAUUCUGGCUGGCCUGUGAAGACUACAAGAAAACAAAGUCACCUACAAAACGGGCCUCCAAAGCAAAGAAGAUUUAUUUGGAAUUCAUAGAAACAGAUGCUCCUAAAGAGGUUAAUAUUGAUUAUGAAACUAAAGACUUCACUAAGAGCCACCUUCUGAAACCCAAUUGUUCCAGCUUUGAUGUGGCCCAGAAAAAGAUUUACAACCUGAUGGAGAAAGAUUCCUACGCCAGAUUCCUGAGAUCAGAACUGUACCUAAACCUGAUUAAACAAACAGAAAGAAUCACCAGCCAGUCAGACAUCAACAGGCAGUCCCAGACGUGAACCUGGAAAGAGAGCCUCUUGAGGAGAUCUUAACAGAGCAACUAAUGGAAGCGGAGUCCAUGAGUGGAAGGCAUGAGCGGGAGCACAGUUUGAAAUUAGUGACAAGGGACAUUGUCAAAUGGCAUGGUUUGGAGGCAAAAGUCUUUCGAAGAGCCGGACAGAAAGAGAUGUGUCUGUGAUAGUGAAGAAUGUGCUGAAUAAGGAAAUGAAGGUGCACACAGCAGUGAGAAACAAUGGGAAAUUGCAUCAUAUUCUUACACAAGUGUCUUAUGUUUAUUGUAUAAAUUAUUUAUUGUACAUCGCUAUAAAUUAUUCUAUGAUAUUGGUUACACACUGUAGGAAAUACAAUUUGGAAAGUCUCUGCAUGGGGAAGAAUUCAUAUUGAUGCUGUUUUUAAAAAAAUUGUAAUUAACUGUAAUAGUGGCAAACUUGCUUGGAGUUGAAACAUUCUGAGACUAGAGCAGUGUGCACCUCCACUCAGGAACGUACGGGGUUCUCUAUGUGCAAUUAACACACCGUCAGGCUUAUGUUGCCAUACAAAAGAAGUUUACAUUAACCGAAUAAAAAUUUUAAAAUUAUUUGAAAGCCCUUUUACAAAAGCCAAAUUGUAAAUGAAUAAUAAAGCAAGGCAUUAAAUCAGAAACAUGGUAAUAGAUGGCCUAGACUAGUAACAUGGUUAACAAAGCUUUUGAAGGUGAUUUCGAAUGCAGUGAAUGUUAUUGAGUUCUCGACUGUAAACAAACAUGCUCUCUUACAACAUUCACAUUGCUGGAAAUUUGCAGUGGCAUUUUGCAGCUGGUCACUGGUCAGUUCUAGGACAGUUUCAGACUCCAAGGUGGGGCAAGAUACUUACAGCCACAUUGUGUUAAAGUCCUGUUGUUAAUUUACUGUCUACCACUAGUUUGUACAUGAAUUAUUUAUGUUUCUAUGGUUAAGUUCCUCCAAGUGGAAAUAAAGAAUGUUGUACUACA